GACACCUCCUUAUUCCCUUUUUUUUUUUCUUGACUGUCAUUGAAGGAAUCCUUGAUAACGUCAAUAUUAAAUACUAUUUAAUUUUGUUCCUUUACGGCUUAUAUCUUCCUUUUGUUGGCAGGGACUGAUUAAAUAUCUUUGCUAUAUAGUUCCAACUGAGUCAUGUCAACUAUAACUUCACUGCUUGAGGUUUCUAACCGUUCUGCAGUAGUCAUACCCGAAUAUGAUCUUUCUCUUACUUAUCAUGAAUUAAGUUCAUUGGUUGGUAAUUACCAAAAUCUUUUCAAUGCUACAAAGUCUCCGCUUUUUAACACUGGCAAGAAGCAAUUGACAAUUGCAACAUCUCUUCCAAAUGGAUUAGAAUUUCUUGUUGCAUUUCUUGGUGUCACUACUGCUGGCCAUAUUAUUGCACCAUUGAACUCUAACUAUAAACAGAGUGAAUUUGAAUUUUACCUUUCUGAUCUUCAAGCUGAUGCUGUUGUAGUUCCUCGUGGAAUUAAGCCGGAUUCGGAAAUCGUUCGUGCUAUUAGAGCAGCAAAUGAUAAUAUCUUAAUUAUUGAAAUUUAUUUCAGUAAUCAAUCAAGUAGAUCUACAAUUGAUUUUGAUAUCUUUAACAAAUCUGGUAAGAUUUAUGAAUCAAUUUCCCAUCCAGUUUUCAUUAACAAAUCAAAUCAAUUUUCAGGUGGAGCCAAAGAAAAUGAUACUGCUAUGAUUUUACAUACAUCAGGUACUACUUCAAGACCAAAGCAAGUUCCACUUUCCCAUUUGAAUUUAACUACUUCAUUCAAGAAUAUUGCAAACACCUAUAAACUUUCUCCAAAGGAUAGAACAUAUGUUGUUAUGCCACUUUUCCAUGUUCAUGGACUUAUUGGUUCUCUUUUAUCUACCUUGUCUACUCAAGGUACUGUAAUUGUUCCUCAAAAGUUUUCUGCUACUAAAUUUUGGGAUGAUUUCAUCAAAUAUGAAGCUAAUUGGUAUUCUGCAGUUCCAACCAUUCAUCAUAUCUUAUUGAAUGUCCCUAAACCAGCACGUUUACCAAACAUUAGAUUUAUUAGAUCUUGUUCAUCAGCUUUAGCUCCAGCAAUCUUCCAUAAAAUUGAAGAACAUUUCCAAGCUCCUGUAUUAGAAGCUUAUGCUAUGACAGAAGCAGCUCAUCAAAUGACAUCUAAUAAUUUACCACCAGGUAAGAGAAAGCCAGGAACAGUUGGUCAAGGUCAAGGGGUUGAAAUUGUGAUUUUAGAUGAUUCAGGAAAGAAACUCCCACAGGGAGAAAUUGGAGAAGUUUCAAUUAAGGGGAAGAAUGUUACAAAGGGUUAUAUGAAUAAUCCAAAGGCUAAUGAAGAGAAUUUUACUUCUGAUGGAUACUUCCGUACUGGUGAUCAAGGUAAAUUUGAUGAAGAUGGAUUUUUGAUUUUAACUGGUAGACUUAAAGAAUUAAUUAACAGAGGUGGAGAAAAGAUUAGUCCUGUUGAAUUAGAUGGUGUUUUAUUACAUCAUCAAGCAGUUAGUGAAGUUGUUUUCUUUGGUGCUUCAGAUUUGAAGUAUGGACAAGUUGUUCAUGUUGCAAUCGUUCCUAAAAAGGGUCAAAAUUUAACUGAAAAAGAGGUACAAAAUUAUUUGAAAGAUAAAGUAGCACCAUUCAAAGUUCCAGAGAAGGUUUUCAUCGUUGAUAAUUUACCAAAGACAGCUACUGGUAAAAUUCAACGUAGAAAGAUUGCUGAAUUCUUCGCCCCAAAGAGUAAAUUGUAAUAAAGUUAGCAAUAUAAAAAAG